CUGUAAUGAACGAAUGUCAGUAGUGUGUGUGAAAUUUUCAGGCGUUCUCGCCCCUGGAUUAACUUCGUUCAUAAAUCGUGCCCAAGUUUGAGAUACCAGACCAAAACAUGAUUCCAUACAUAGAGUUACUGGUAAUAUGUUUGAUGGUCACCAUUUCUCGAACGAAUGCACAGUACUAUCACGGAAGUGAUCCUGACGACUCGCCUUAUUAUGAUAAUUACGUAAAGGGGUUCUUCCACCCAUCGUUCCCAGGUGACUAUCCCAGUGGAAAUGAAGAGCUGCUUGAACCAGAAACACAAUGCAACAUCAAUCCGAUUUGUACCGAUUCGAACUACAGAACGUAUGAUGGAUCGUGCAACAAUCCAGUUAAUCCCACCUGGGGGGCAGCCCAAACGACAUUCACCAGAUUGUUACCCCCUAAUUACGCUGAUGGAAUAAGUGCUCCGCCUGUUGCCAAAAGUGGGAAGGUACUGCCAUUGGCUCGAGUGGUCAGUUUAACUCUGUUCCCCGAUAUUAAGAAGAUCGAUCCCCGUUUUACUCUCGCCUUAAUGCAGUAUGGCCAGAUUAUCACGCACGAUAUGGAUUUGAUAGCUGGGAGCACGCAGUCAACUCCGCACUCCACCCGUUGCUGUACAGAUGAUGGACAGAUCCUGAGCAGCACUGCUAGUAUACCGACCCCUUGUUUUGCAAUUUUACUGCCGGAAGGUGACCCACAAAGUUUAGCGGCCAACAAAAGGUGUAUGAACUUUGUUAGAACAAUUACGAAUCGUGAUCGAAACUGCGUAGACAAUGAAAAGCCUGCCGAACAGAUAACCACAGUCAGCCAUUUCCUAGACUUAUCUUUAGUGUACGGUAACACACUUCAGGUAAAUCAGCAGAUCAGACAAUUUCAGGGGGGUAGGCUAUUGGCGAGCGAAAGAAACGGCCAAUCAUGGUUGCCUCAAAAUAAUAACGUUAGCGCAGUAUGCUCGGGUGCCUUAUCGCCUAAUGAGCCUUGUUACUUAGCCGGUGAUUUACGUGUUAAUCAAAAUCCACAGUUGACACUUUUGCAAACGGUGCUAAUGAGAGAACACAAUCGACUUGCAGACGCCCUAGCUCAGUUAAAUCCUCACUGGGACGACGAAACCAUCUUCCAGGAAGCUCGACAAAUUAACAUCGCCCAGCAUCAACAUGUCACGUAUUACGAAUACCUGCCAUUGCUGUUAGGAGUAACCAAUUCGCUUAAAAAUGGCCUAGCUCACGAGAAUCACGGGGACUAUGUGAAUGACUACAGCGAAAGCGUCGAUCCUACCAUAAUCAAUGAACACGCCACAUCCGCUUUCAGAUUCUUCCAUAACCUGAUUGUCGGAUUUCUUAAUAUGGUCACGGAACAUCGUGAGGUCAGCGGCACUAUAAGACUAAGCGAUUGGUUUAAUCGUCCAGCCGUUUUGGAGCAAGGAGACACGUUUGACGCACUGACUCGUAGUUUGUCGACUCAGCCCCAACGGAAAUCUACGCAAUUCGUCGACAGUGAGGUUACUCAAUUUUUAUUCCGCACACCAAGGCAACAGUUUGGGUCCGAUUUAAAGGCAACAGAUAUACAAAGAGGGAGAGAUCAUGGUCUAGCAUCCUAUAACGAUAUUAGAGUUUUCUGUGGCUUACGUAGAGCCCACACAUUUGAGGAUUUUCUUGAUGUAAUUUCACCAGAGAACGUUGAAAAGUUGGCAGCUCUUUACGAACAUCCGGACGAUGUCGAGCUCAAUGCCGGAGGUGCUGUGGAAGUACUUGUUCCUGGAACACUAGUGGGCCCUGUUAAUCUCUGCAUUCUUACGGAGCAAUUUUACAGAACGCGUGUCGGUGAUAGGUUCUUCUACGAGAAUGGGGCGCCCAAAACCGGGCCAGGAUUUUCCUUGGGGCAAUUGAACGAAAUUAGAAAAGCAAGCUUUGCAGGAUGGCUGUGCGACAAUGGAAAUAAUGUCCAACUAAUGCAACCACGGGCCUUUGAAGCGGUCUCCGAAAGUAACCCCCUUACUCCUUGCGAAACGUUACCAUCAAUAGAUUUAUCGCUGUGGAAAGAAGGCCAAGGUUUGCACUCAUGGUUUACGUGAUGGAAUAAGCUUGGUUGUUGAACCCUUAUUACUACGAUUGUAAAUUAUUGUUACACGUCCUCAUCUUUGUUAUUUUAUUUUAAAUAUAAGUACACAUCCUUCGUAACUUCUUCCUACAUAACCAAAUUUCCAGGGUGAUUGUUUUCCAUUGGACUCCAAAUAACGGAAGAUUUUUUUAGGAU